CAGAAGUGAUAAUAACAGUCACAGGAUUAGGUUCUGGGAGGGGAGUUUCAAUUCCUUUCCAGUGUAAAUAAAAUGAAAGAUCUUUUACACACUUCCUCGUUCUGUGAGAUCGCUCUGUACGUGAAUGGCCAUGGAGGAAUCCUCUGCAUGUGGCAACAGCAUGGAUAUCCUGCAGUCCUACCUGGAGAAAGACCCCUGCCGUCUCACAGAUCUUCAAUUAUCCAGCAGUUCGGAUUCCUGCGGUAUAACCAGCGAGGAAGAAGACUCCGGCGGUAAUGAUGGCAAUCAAACACAGAACUUUGCUGAAAUAUCUCAGAAGCUGCUGGAUGAGCUGGAAAUGCUGGAAGCGGAGUUCCAAAAUAAGGCGGUUCUCUUGGAAGAAGAGGACGCUGAGGGCAUGCAGGGCAGCAAAGACGAUAAUUCACUGGAGCAGCUUGGUCAGCAAUCUGUCCCAAGAUCAAACAGCCUCCAAGAAGAGGAGCCACUAAACCACCGACUGGAGGAGCCACUAAACCACCGACUGGAGGAGCCACUAAACCACCGACUGGAGGAGCCACUAAACCACCUACUGGAGGAGCCACUAAACCACCGACUGGAGGAGCCACUAAACCACCUACUGGAGGACCCACCGCUUCUCCAACUUCCAGAAGACCAGCCACCAAACGAUCUCCUGAAAAACCAACCACUAAGUGAUAUUCUGGAAGUCAGGCCACUAAGCAAUAUUCUGGACAGUGGGCCACCAAAUAAUUUAGUCGAAGAUGGGCUGCCCCAGCCAGAACAUGGGCAUGUGACCUCUGGACCCAGCACUAUAAGGAAAGAAGACCAUCAACCGAAAGAAGAUUUAGAGGAGACGGUCAGAAGACUGCUGGAGGAAAAGAAGCAGAACAUAGAGGAAAUGGAGCAACUAAAAUGUCAGAUACAGAAAUUAACAGAGGAGGUUAAAGAUGAACGAUUUGGAAAAAAAUCCUUGGCACUAAAACUACAAAAGAGCCAGAGCAAAUUCCUAAAGCUGAACAGAGUCUCACUGAUUGUGACCCAGGAAUAUGCUGAAAUGAUGGGACAGCUGGAGCUGGAACAAGACUUAAGGCUUGAGGCCGAAAUCAUGGCACACCAGAUCCUGAAGGAGAAGCGGGCAAUCUCCAGGCAGAGCAUGAUACUGAUGCAGAACCUGGAACCUAGCGAGAUGCUUAUAAAUGCUCUGGAGGACGUCCGUACACUGACCACAAAUCUGGAAGAAACCAAAGCAGAGUUACAGACACAGGUGAAGAGUCUGGAACUGCAGCUGGCAGAAAGACCUUUACAGGAAGAAUUGAUGGUGAUCAAAGAAGAACUGAACACAGCUAAUCUACAGAAAAAUCAAUUAGAGGAACAGCUGAAGGUAGAACAAGAGAACAGCGUGGAUUUACAAGAAAAGGUAAAGACAUUGGAAGAGAAACUGAAAGAAAUGGAAUUACUGGUCAAUGCACAGGACAAUGUAGAAAUGGUAGCAGAACCCCUUCCUCCACCUCCUCCACCUCCACCACCACCACCACCACCUAUGUGUCCAUCUUCCAAAGCACCCAGUGACCCUCUGGCACUGGUGAGAGAACGGAGAGGACUUCGGACACCGGCAGCAGCGGUUAUGACAGUUUCCCCCAAUGUCAAAGAAAAGGCCAUCCAGGAAAUGAAGCAAAGAAUCGAGCAAGGUGCUGUCCUAAGGCCUACACCGAAAAUCGGACAGAGAGAAUGUGCUGCGAACAAACGGAAGAGCGUAAUUAGUGAAUUACAGGGAGUAUUGCUGAACGCAGCAAGAAAGCCGCUAAGGAGAAUGAGCCGGCGCAGGAUCAGCCGCAAAGCCAAAGACAACGAGCUUAGCUGUUUGCUGAAGAAACGGAGGCAGAUUGUGGAUCACAAUCCACCGGCUGACGAGACCGCAGAGACUUCAAAACAAACACAGGAACAGACUGCGGAGACAAAGACAGAAACCCAGGAGGAAGAUGGAUCACAGGCCCCUGAGGUGACUUCCCCAUUGCAGAACAAUAAAGUUUUAUUGAAGGUGAGACAGAGAACAUCACCCGUAGAGGGCCGCCGAAGCAGCCAAGUACAAUGGCAAUAGGAAAAUGACUUCACCAAAGCCCAACUUCGACAACCAAUUUGUACAAUUUGAGCUUGCUGUAGAGUCAAGUGAAACUGAUAUUGUGUUUUGUGUGUCCUUGUUCACUUACUCCUGUUACCAAAUCCAUAGUUUAAAGAAGAGAUAAGCAGAAAAUGUGCUAUGGAGUUCCUAAGCUAAAGCAAAAUUUAUGGACACCUGACCAUCACACCUACCGUAUUUAUUGGGGUAUAGCGCACUCCCGUGUAUAGCGCGCACCCCUAAAGUU